UUAACCGCCAAAUCUAUCCGGUAACUCAAUUUGAAUUUUCGAAAGAAGAAAAAGAUGACGAAGAGGGGAAGGAAAACCAAAGUUUCCGAUCUUCUGAAAACACCGUCACCGGUAGCUUCUCCGACGGAAAGUUCUCCCAAAUCGCCAAUCUUCACCAGAACAGCUUCCACUUCCAAAGGCGUGAAGAGAGUAGCCGCUGCUCUUACCACCAGCACUUCACCACCUCGCAGUACUCACAAAGCUCCGAACAACAUCUCCGAUCUCAAAAGCCUCGCAUCUUCAAGUAUCAACGAUCUGAAACGCCGGAUCGAUCGCUCUCACUCUGAGAUCCUCAAGGAUCUCGAAGCUUCUCAUUCGCGCCUCCACAAGCGUUUCAAGAUGCAGAGUCAAGGAUGCCAGCAAGCAACGGAAGAAGCUGAAAAGGAUUACAAGAAACUGUCUGAACGGAUUACGGAAAGCCGAGAUGCAAUGAAGGCUUCUUAUGAAGAAUUUAUGGUUGAUGCACAGGCUACAGCAUCUCGUGCAUGCAAAACUUCUAUAACUGAGCUUUCACAGAAGUUUGAGAAGGCUAUUGACUCUAUUCGAAACCGUCAUGGGAUUACAUCUAAGUAGCUUCAUGGAAAGAUAAAGAAGAGCUGUCUGGAUUCUGGAGCACGACAAAAGUGGAUUUUAAAAAAAGGACUUGAUAUCCAGUUAGUUUUGUUUUUUCAUCAUCUUUUUUGUUAUUCUCAAAUCCAAUAUUCGAAAAGAAAGAAAAAUUGGGAAAUACUCAGUUCUCUGUUAGUACUGUCAAUUAUUAGGCAAUUGAGAAUUGUGGAUGUGUAUAAUUGGUUGACAUAUAUGGAUGCUCUAAUGAAAUUACUUUUAUUAUUGCUAUAAUUUUGAUUCUUUUACAUGUAUUAUUCAACAUAACAGUCGGUUACUUUAAUCUCAUAACUAUUGAUCUUUU